CUCUCGUCUUGGCCAACUUGUUGCCUUGCGGCGCGCAUUACAGACGCGUCGCGUAACAGCUGCAUCCUCGUAAUGAUGCGCUGCCAGCCCUUCUUGAAUUUAUGCUGAACCGCCGCCGCCGCAGCCUCUAGCUGACAAAAGCGCACACCCAGCGAGCCUGUGCAACUCGACGCCGCGCGUUCGAACACAUGCGCUAUUUCACGUUACUCGGACUCUUCGCCGCUGCCUCGACGCAGCCCAACAACUCCUCCUACCUCCGCCGCCACUGCUCCCCGCCGCCGCCGCCGCGCCUCGUCACGCCCAUGUACGACUUUGUUGAGGUCCUGCUGGCACUCGAGAAGGGCAAGUACGCCCACGUCGCGGUCAUCUACCCCUGCGCGGCCGAAUUCUUCCGCCGCGCGCACGAAUUGGGACACCGACCAGUAGUCGUGUCUCUCUUCACCGUCGGGAGUCGAAGAUGGAAGGUGAUGUGUUCAGCUGCGUCAUCGCUUCCGUAUAUUGACUUUGCGGACCUCGAGGUGGACGAUGUCGAAAAGGACAACCGGACCUUCGCGUCGGGCGUCUUCCCCCUCGGCGAGGUCUCCUUCGCCGACGCGGACAUUCGAACUGCCUUGGAGACCUUUCGCGAGCUCGUGUCCGGCGGCGGCGACGACCCGGGCGGCGAGUACAUGUUCCUCGCGCAGCAGAUCGUGAUCGCGACCCACCAUCGGAACAAGGACCGGACCGUCGGCGGCGGCGCGACGAUGUUCGUGACAAAUGCCGCAAAGGCUAGGGUGAACCUGUCCGCCGUCGCGGGCACGUCGGCCCUCCUCGAGAAAACGAGGGAAGACUUUUUAACUGGUCCCGACCGGUUGCGUCUCGGCCUCCCGGGCUUUAUUGGUGGCCGAGGCUUCCCCUCCGAGACGAAGGUGCGGACGACGCGACAAGCAGUUCAAUUUGGUGCGUUCGAUAGCUUGGGCACGACGCGCACCUGUGUCCAGCGCUUGAACGAGGUGCCGAUGGUCGAGUUGAUCCUGCGGCCGCGCGACCACACGGAGGAGGAGUGGGCCUUCAUCUUCCGCGGCCCGCGCAUGGCCGAAGACAUCGACAAGGGCGUGGUCUACGCGCUUGAGCGCAAAGGCCGGCAUCGUGUCGAAGGAGGGGCGCCGAGCGACGAGCCGCCGGUGGAGCAGGACGGCGACGAGUUCGUCGCCGUGGCGAAGACGGCGCGGUGGAUUGCCGGCGAGAAAGUGGUGUUCGCGCUGCAGCGACUCUCGAAGGCCGCGCGGCACGUCGGCGACGCUUUUUUAAAUCUAGAAGAGGACGCGUCGAAGGUGCCCGCCGCCUGGGCCGCGUUAGGCGACGUCGCCGUCGACAAUAACGACGAAGAGUCGGAUUUUGAUGCGGCGUUGCGGAUGUACUCCGCACACGACGCUGCGGUGGCGCCCGUGGUCGAGUGUCGGGAGGCGCAGAAGGCCUUCGAUGGGCAUCUGGAGGCGUUGGAGAAGGUGUUGGGCGAGACCGUGGAGAAGCUGCGGGCCGUCCUGGGCGGUCAGGCGCUCAAGGACUGGAUAAAGCGGCUCGACGUAGUAGGCGACGCCGUCGGAGCCGCGGACGUUCCCCACUACAACUGGUGCAAGGUCCUGGGCGGACCUCCCGGCGGAGAUUUAGCUGAGGCGACGGUCCAGCUGCGCGCGGCCGUUGCCGCUGUGGUUGAAAGCGUCGCGAAGUGUAGGGGCUCGGCCGACCCGCUCGCUGCAGCGGUGGGGCCGCCGCCGGUAGAUCGCGCGGGGCCCGACGACGAGGAGCCCAACGCCGCGACCGAGGGGAACGCGCAGAACUCGAAUCAAACCCCGGGCGGCGUCACGGGAGAUGACGACGAUUUUUUUGCUCCCCUGGCCGUGGCGCAGGACGCUUCGGAAGAGUCAGAUCUCGCCCGUGCGUUGAGCGCUCUGGCCGCGGCUCCAGAUGCGGAGAUCCCGCCGACCUCAAGCUCGAAGCACCUCUGGCGAUUUAAGGAGGGGCACGAGGUCCCCGAGCGCAUCACCUACGACUUCGCCGGUAGCUCCCCGUGCGCAAAUCAAACUUCACUGUGUCGUCUCCCUCACUGAAAGGAUCUUACUGUCGUAGCCCCGUCGCCGAGCACCCGUCUCACUGGUUGAUUUCCACACACAGGUGGCUACUCGAUGUCCAUCGACACGAUCGAGCUCUGCUCUAGUCGCGACGUCGGCCAGGGCGGCGUCGGUGGGACGAGAAAGUGCGAUCUAGCCGACAUCGGCGCGACCAUGGCCAAGUGCUACGACGACGCGCGGCGCGAGGGCUCUCCUAUCGACCUGAUCACUUGGGACGAAGCUAACCGGACGGCGCGCGGCGACGCCCGCGUGACUCACAACGCUGGGGCCUUGCGCGGGCGUCAGCUUCUCGACGCGGAGUUUAGAAAGGCCAUGACCGAGGGCAAGAUAACGGCGUCGGUGACGACGUCGCAGGACGAGCUCUCGCCAGUCUCGAUGAUUGUGCGAAGCAGUGCUAGCAACGGUAGCUAUAACAUCGAAUUUGCUGUUGAAGGCGCGAACUACAAGAAGCUCCCGCCCCUGUUCGCUCACGCGGCGUGCGUCGCCGUCGAGCUCACGUUAGACGAUUCCGAGAGGGCCUGGGUCGUGCUGUCGCUGUGCAACGAGGCGCUCUGGGACGAGCUCUCGGAGCGAUUAGUAAAAGGGCUGCACAUUCAACAGAGCGCCGUCGGCGCUUGUCUGGACGACGGCGACAUCGAAUGGGGGGGCAACUCGACUCUUUCGCCGGAGCUCCGUGCGGCCAUCAAGAGCAACGUGUGCCGGCCGUCCCAGCUCAAGGCGCGCGUCGACGCCUGCGUUGACGAUUGGGUGCAGCUCGUGCGCCGGCAGCUAGACCUGGUGUUCCCGCUGGAAUCGGGGCCGGCGCCCUUCGAGACGGCUACCGAAUUCGUGGAUGCGCUCGUCGAGGCGAGUUCCGCUGCCGCGGUCGACGUCCCGUCGAGGAGUAAGCCGCAGCCGUUGCGUGUGCCGAGGAGCGGCGCUGGUUGCGCAUCACGCGCCCCUGCCCCGGCGCCGGCUCCGGCCUUCUUCACAAGGGGUUCCUACAAGGUCAUCGACCCGGCCGGUGCCAAGCUCCGCAGCUCCUCGAACGAUGACUCGACGGAGGUGGGUCACCUCGCCCUGGGGACGUGCGUCGAGGUGGACGGCGUGAUGAGGAAAUUGGUCAGCACGCCGCGCGCCUGCGUCGUCAAGCGCGGCCGCCUCGUAGGCUGGGUCGACCUGGUCGCCCUCGAACGGAUCAGUGCCACGUCGCCGGACACGCCUCCGAUGCCGUCGCCCGAUGAUGAUGACGUCGACGCCGCAGUUUCGGGGCCUGCUGCAAGAUCACGCGCCCUUGCCCCGGCGCCGGCUCCGGGGCCUGCUGCAAGCAACGGCCUCCUCUUCGUCGGCGCACUCGUCAAAGUUGAGAACGCGGAUUCACUGGGCUGGCCGGGCUCCCGUGGCACCGUCGUUAGUCUCGGCAACGACCACGUGGACGUGGAGUUGGAGAUCGAUUACCAGCCGUUGGGCAUCAUUAAAAGAGUAUGGGCGCCGGCGUCGGGUCUUGGGCCACUCCGCAUCAUCGUCGAGACUGCGUCCGAAAGAGCCGAUCGGAAGGCUGCCCGCGAACGGCGGAGGCGGGCGGAAGAGAAAGAUCUUCUCGAGGAGCUCGACAAAGCAUUGGACGAGGCGGAGAAGCGGUGCGCCGGCUCCGUGCCGCGGCUGGACGCGGCGACGUCGCUACCUUACGGAGUAGGUAGGAUCGACUUGCUGCAACGGGCCAUCGAUGUUGUUCGAGCUCUCACGAAAGCUUGCGUCGACGCGAAGCGCGCCGCGGCGGCGGUGCCCGCGCCGGCGACCGCCCCUGCCCCGGCGCCAGCUCCGGCCGGCGGGCCUGCUGCGAGCAACGGCCUGCUCUUUGUCGGCGCGCGCGUCGAACUUGAAAACGCUGAUUUACUGGGCUGGCCGAGCUCCCGUGGCACCGUCAUUACUCUCGGCAACGACCACGUGGACGUGGAUUUGGAGAUCGAUGGACAGCCGUCGAGCAUCAUCAAAAGAGUAUGGGCACUCCGCAUCAUCGACGACGACCAGUCUUCCGAUGGCGGCGGCAGGUCUCUGAAAGGCGACGACGACGACGACGACGACGAUGCGACUUUGUCCGAUACCGAGCUGGAGCGCCACGAGCGCGAGACUGUGGCUGCCACGAACGCUGCGAAUGCCGCUAUAGCGAGCGCGCGCGACUGUGAGACCGACUCCGAGGACGAGUUGGAGCGAGCACGCGUCGACGAGGGCUAUUCCCUUACCAACCUGCGGCGCGAGCUGCUCAGGCUGGAGCGCGCUCCGGGCUAUUCCUUGACCGAGCUGCGGCGCGAGCUUCUCAAGCUCGACGACCAUGACGACGAGAUCCUUUCCCUUAACGACUGGAGCGCAAUGGAGAGCGAGCUGAUCGCGCUGGAGGAGCCCAAGGAAGCCGAGCUGGAAGCCGCGAACCUCUAUCUACGGUGGCGAGGAAACCGCGAUCUGGAGGUGCCUGGAUCUAACUCUCUCUUCAGUGGCGAACCGUACGCACAUCAAGAGUGGCAAAGGAUGAACGCCGAGGCGAAGUCGCCGGAAGAAGUACGUGCGGCGUCGCGCUUGAUAGGUGCACACGGCCACGUCUCUUCUUUCGAUGGCGCAUCGACGGCUCUGGGGCUUCAGAUUCAUUGGAACGCGCUUUACAACGUGUACCAGCGACUGGUUCUUCGGUUGGUAAGCCCGAUGCACUUCGCCACGGUCGUGGCUCCUGAAGGCCCGCCGCGCCAUGUCGAGUCGGGCCCGGGAAAGCGACGGCGAAUCGUGGCGGCGCCCGCUUCGACGCCCGCGGCCGGUUUAGUUUCGACGCCCGCGCCGGCUUUGGUGCAGCCGCACGGGCUGCCGCGCGACAACCCAGGCGACGGCGGCGCUGCGCGGCAGAGGUUUCCUCGGGACCAUCACACCGCCGCGCGACGAUCGGCCGCCCCCUCGAGGCUGGCUGCCUAUCAUCAGGUCCGGGGAUCUAUCUUCCCAUGAGCCUCCCUUCCAAUAGUCGCGCAAGGCGCGUCGCGACUCGGGUGUUUGUUGUAACUCUUUUUUGUAGCGCAA